AUGUCAGAUCCCUCAAUUGUCGAGCCCGACAAGAGACUGAGCUGUGCGAAAAUGGCUCUUCGGUGCCUUUGGCGAUGGAGUGGCCUUGAAUCACCCAUCACCGGCAUAACAAGCCAACUACGGACCUUCUCACUAUCCGCUAUAGCACAGACGUUGUCCCUAGACCCAGUCGUCCGAAGGCGACAGAUGGACAAAAUAAACGAGCGCAAACGGAUCAAACGCCGCACCGACGCAGAGUGGGCGAAGCGCGAGAGACCAGCGAGUCGCGACCGCGCCGCCGAAUGGCAAGCAAAGAAUCGCGAGCAAUAUCUCGAGUACAACCGCAAGCUAUCCGUAGACCGCUUCGCCCAGGAUGCAGCCUACAGACUGAGGAAACGGAUGCACGACAUGCUCAGCAGACAUGCGUGGGCCAGAUAUCGCUUGCCUUGGAAGUCGUAUGUGCCUGUCCUGUACGAGAAAAAGGUCCGGCGCGAUUGUGAGGGGUGCUUGGUGAGCCGACAUGGUGGCGUGAAGUUGUGGUGGGAGUCGAAGGAUGCGAAGGAUCAGUCGGAUCAAAAGUACUUGUGCCACAAGUGCUAUUUUACGGGCCCAGAGGCGCUGCCGAAAGGGUAUGAGGACGUGACCACUAUCGCAGAGGUGACGGUGCGCAGAAGAGAGCUUGGCCAUUGA